AUGAUGUCUUACCUCAAGCAGCCCCCAUACGGCAUGAACGGGCUGGGGCUGCCGGGCCCGGCCAUGGACCUGCUACACCCCUCCGUCGGGUACCCGGCCACCCCGAGGAAGCAGCGCCGGGAGCGCACUACCUUCACCCGCUCGCAGCUGGACGUGCUGGAGGCCCUGUUUGCCAAGACUCGCUACCCCGACAUCUUCAUGCGGGAGGAGGUGGCCCUGAAGAUCAAUCUGCCCGAGUCCCGAGUGCAGGUCUGGUUCAAGAACCGCCGCGCCAAGUGCCGGCAGCAGCAGCAGAGCGGCGGCGGAGCCAAGAGCCGCCCGGCCAAGAAGAAGUCAUCACCGGCCCGUGAGAGCUCAGGCUCGGAGAGCAGCGGGCAGUUCACGCCGCCGGCGGCCGCCUCCAGCUCCUCUGCCUCCUCUUCCUCCUCCAGCUCGGCCUCUUCAGGGGCUGCAGUGGCAGCCGGGGCUGCCCCGGCCUCCUUGGGCACGACGGCCUCGUCCAUCUGGAGCCCGGCCUCCAUCUCUCCUGGUGCAGCCCCUGCGGGGGUGACGGUGCCCGAGCCCCUGCCGCCCACCGGCGCGUCCUGCAUGCAGCGCGCGGGGCCCGCAGCCUCCGCCAGCUACCCCGUGUCCUACGGCCAGGGCGGCGGCUACGGGCAGGGCUACCCCGCACCGCCCUCCUCGUCCUACUUCGGGGGAGUGGAUUGCAGCUCCUACCUGGCCCCCAUGCACUCCCACCACCAUCCCCACCAGCUCAGCCCCAUGGGUCCCUCCUCGGUGCCGGGCCACCACCAUCACCACCCUCUGAGCCAGAGCUCGGGCCACCACCACCAUCACCACCACCACCACCACCAGGGCUACGGCGGCACCGCGCUGCCCUUCAACUCCUCCGACUGCCUGGACUACAAGGAGCCGGCCGCCGCCGCCUCCUGGAAGCUCAACUUCAACUCCCCCGACUGCCUCGACUACAAGGACCAGGCCUCCUGGCGCUUCCAGGUCUUGUGA